UAAUCAUUUCACAACUCUCUCAAUAAUAAAUAUGUUUAACAUAUCCUAAAUGGCCGUCAUAAAUUCUCAAAUGUUUUUAUCGUGGUCUUGCUUAAACCAAGACGCGUUAUUCUUAACACAUCGCAGCAAGAGGCAUGUUCAAAUUAAGUUUUAUUUUCUUGACAUUGGGAUUAUUAACAGUUUCGUUUGCAGCUAAAGGUACUCAGACAUGUGGUGCAAACUUUUGGCAAUGUGCUGAUGGAUCUUGUAUAUUCCUGGUGGGUCGUUGCGACAACUUUCCUGACUGUGAAGACGAAUCAGACGAAAAGGGAUGUGCUUCAGUUGUGUGUAAAGAGGGUCAGCGCCCAUGCUCCUCAGGAGAAUGUAUAAAUGCCAACUUUUUCUGUGAUGGGAUAAUUAACUGUAGAGAUGCCGGUGAUGAGCUAGCGGCUGACUGCCCAGGAGAAACCACAACAAAAUCAAAUGCAAACACUUCCACGGAGGAUUCACUACCUAGCCCUAUCAAGAGUUUGACAUGGACACCACGUCAAGUUCAAGACACGACUAUCCAGCCUUCAACGUCAAAACCACAGAAGCAAAGAGAACUAGACUGGGGACGCAUAUUUGCGGCUGAGUUGGUAAACAAACCGGCCACAAUGUCUGAACCUUCUCUGCCGGAUAUAAUAGUUCCUAAUAUUCCCCCAAAAACUCAUAUUUCGGUUCAACCAAUCAAAAGCUUCGUUUCAACAACACUUAAGUACAAUAUUCCUGAUUGGGCAAUGUCAAAAGUUAAGGAGACCACCACGCCCCUAUAUCAGCCACGUGUUUCUACAAUACCAUACUGGUUUUAUUGGUAUAACACAACCUAUCAACCAACAACGUCACGAACCCCUUGUGUAGAAGUGGAUGACCGUUUUGAAUUUUGCCGCAAGCGUUAUCGUGGUUAUUACCGCCACCCAAACGACUGCAAGCAGUAUAUUGUAUGUGAAUGGGGAUUUAUGCAUAUAUGUACAUGUCCAGAGUUAACUCACUGGGAUCUUCGAGCUCUAACGUGCGUUUGGGAGAACACUUCACCGUGCAUAACAGGAACUUAUGAUAAACUGAUAAUAGCUGACCAAAUUACAAUGCCAAUACCCCCGAUUAUGGCACCGUCACCAUCAACAUCACUUCCUACAACGACGCAGAUAUCAACGACAACAUCAGAUUUGUCUUCUUCAUUGCCAAAUAUUGUACCACCGCUUGUUAGACUGCGCGCCCUACCUGCAACACCGGCUUGGCUGAAAGAACUCACUGCAAAAUCUUUUUCUUACCAAAAUGAGCCGCAAACACCACGUUAUCAGUCGCUCUUGACAAGAUUCUUCAAAGCAAUGCCACAUAGUACAGCCAAUGAGAACAUAAGACUAAGUUAAUUAGACUUAUUUAAAGAUUAUAUGUACAUAUAAGUUACAGUUUAUUUAAAGCUUACAAAGUUGACUUGGCUAGUGUUGUUUCUCCUCCACUUAUACGAGGAGAUUAUUAUUGUACAGCGGGAUGUUCAUGAAAAUGUUCAACUAGGGACAUUGCGUUCAGAGAUUGAUUAACAUUACAGACAUACGUUAUCUACAAUGAUAUUAAUGUUAUGGAAUGUUUAUUUUGAAAUGGAAAGAUUCAAUAAACUG